AUGACUGGCGGAGAAGAACGCAGUGUUCAAUGCGUUUACGUCCUCUCCGACAUUGACGGGUUUAAGUACAAACUUGUGAUGGAAGGGGAUGUGCGGCUCUUGACGACCACGAAGGCGAAACGGUAUUUGCAGAAUGCCACAGGCCUAGGCCCCCAGCAUCAAGAACUUUCCUUUGAGGGGAGGAUACUGCAGGACGAUGAGUGCGGCGGUGACGUGGGUCUCGUGGAUGGAGCUGUGCUGCAGCUGCGGCGGGCCAACACUGGCGCUGCGGCCGCCGGCGGUGGAGAUGGAGGUGGCGGUCGUGUCAACCGGCCGCAAAGUCGUUCGCGCUCGGAGGGAAGUGCGGCGCGUCGUGGAGGGUCAUCGGUGGUUGACGCUUUUUCAUACGACUUCCCAUCAGCAGGGAUGCCGACGCCGCUUCAAUGCAGUCGUCGUCGCGACGACUUGAAAGAUGGGGAGAAUUCAAAGAGCCCGCCACCGAAGUUCAAGAAUUACGGCGGCAAACACAUGGACUACGAGUAUCGUAGAUUAGAACUCGAGAAUGCUCGGCUGGAAAGCUGCCUCGUGCAGCUGGAGCGUCGACUUGCCAAUGCCACGUCAGACUGGCGGUUGCAGGAGGAAAUUGACGAGUUGAAAAGCACCAUUGCGCAGUUGCUGCAGGAGAAGGAGGCCGCCAAGCAGUCUGCGGAGGAAAAUUGGCGAGCCAAAGAGGAUGAACUGGUCAAAGAAAUUGACCUCCUGCGUGAGGAACGGCGUAAGCUGCGGCGGGAGCAAACAUCCUUUGAGAAUGAGCAAGGUGCGCUGGGGCGCAGCUUAGAGGGCCAGAUCCGCUCUCAGCAGAAGAGGCUUCUCGAACAGGAGGCGUUGCUGGCGCAGCAAUCUCAGCAACGCCAUCCGGGAGCUAUGUCUCUUGCGGAAAAGGUUGAAUGCAGCCUGAACCAACUCUCACUAGAGCUUAAUAUUCCUCAAUUACACUUAGACGACAAUGACACGUGCGUUGUACCCUUGGGAGAUGAAGCGAGUAUCCUCAUCACGCUGGAUAGCGCGACCGAGCGUCUAUUUAUGUAUGCCGUCAUUGCAAACUCGCUGCCAUCAAACACCGAAGAUCGCUUGCAGCUGUUUGAAAUGUUGCUCGAGGGAGCUUUACUGGGCCGUGAGAUGGCCGGUGGUGGCGUUGGCGUUUGCUCACGCAAUAACCUAAUCAUCAUGCACGUGUGCGUUGAAAUAGGGCACGUGAACGAGUACGCCUUGGCAAGCGUCACCCGGCCUUUCAUGACGUCUGUCCAGCAAUGGCUAGAAACCGUGAAAGCUGUCACGACGCAUUAG